UUACAGCUGUUUUUUGCAUUUGUUUACAAGACAUUUCUCCUAAAAUUUUUGUUAUUUCUUAAACUAUUUAAUUUUAAUCGGCAUAUUGCAGAAUCUUAUUAUUAUUCGUUAGUAAAACAACAAAAAUGGGAGUUACAGUUUUAUAUCCCUAUCAAAUAUCUGAAGGAAAAACUGGUGCCCAGGCCAUAGAUCAUCUCUCGAAAAGACUGUUGGCAUUGGGAGCUGUACACACCGGUCAAUUUCUAGUGGAUUGCGAAACAUACAUAUCGGCCCCACAACAUGGUCCCUCCAAAGCGGUGCAUGUUCUGCACGAUUCAGAAUAUCCAGUAACAACAUUUUCCAUACUAGACACUGGUACGGGAAAACAAAUUCCGUUGGUGGCCGAUAAUCUUUUCGAUUUGCUAAUGCUUAAAAUGACUUCGGUGUAUACGUCAAAGAAACAAACGAAAAUUGAAUCAAAAGGUGCCCGUUUUGAGUAUGGAGAUUUUCUUAUUAAAUUGGGUUCAGUUACAAUGAUGGAAAAUUUCAAGGGUAUAUUAAUUGAAAUCGAAUAUCGUCCUUGUGUGGUUCUAUUCUAUUGUUGGGAAAUGAUACGUGAGGUCUUGCAAAGUUUUCUGGGAGUAACAGUACCCAAAGAAUAUCCUUCUUACUUUACACCCCAGCCUGUGGUCAAUGCCAUGGGUCAACAGCAAAUUCAUCCUAAACAUAAUGAUAUUUAUGAGCCCAUCGAUACUAUCAAUCAAUAUCUAGAACAUUUUACCAACUAUCGCAAACAGAAUGUUAUGCCGCAAUCACAGGUGACAAAUCAACAGGCAAAUAUGCCGCUUAAUACUGGCAUGAGAGUGGGUUAAAUAGCUUUUACUUAAUGUUUAUACUUAGUGCUAAUAAAUUAAGUUAUUUAAAUAAAAA